UUUACGGAGGAGUGUCGUCGCGAACGGUUUGCGUUUUAGGAGGGUGGCUUAAAGUGGGGACUUGGAGGUUUUAGUUUUUUUGGAGUGGACCAGUGUAGUGAUCCAGUUUUGCAAGUUUUCAUAAAUACCAGUCCGGUAGCGUUUGAAUUGAUUGUUUUGCUUUAAAGGUCUAGUGAAGCCGGAUUUGGGAGUGACUUUUAUUUUGGAUUUGGUUGAGUUGAAAGAAAGGCGAAAGCAAUGAUUUCCAAACUGGUCGUCCUGUCCGCCCUGGUGGCGGUCGCAAUCUGCGAGUCAAAGCUGAAGGUCGACGUGGUGUCGGUGCCCGAUGGAUGCACCACCAAAACCAAAAACGGCGACAUGCUGACGAUGCACUACACCGGCAAGCUCACCGACGGCACCAAGUUCGAUUCCAGCUUUGACCGCGAUCAACCCUUCACGUUCCAGCUGGGCGCCGGCCAGGUCAUCAAGGGCUGGGACCAGGGACUCACGGACAUGUGUGUCGGCGAAAAGCGCAAGCUGACCAUCCCGCCAGAGCUCGGCUACGGUGACCGCGGAGCCGGAAACGUCAUCCCCGGCGGUGCCACCCUGGUGUUCGACGUCGAGCUGAUCAACAUCGGCGACUCGCCCCCAACCACCAACGUGUUCAAGGAGAUCGACGAGAACAAGGACAUGCAGCUGAGCCGGGAGGAGGUCAGCGAAUACCUGAAGAAGCAGAUGGUGGCGGCUGACGGUGGCCAGGAGUCCGAGGACAUCAAGAACAUGAUCGCCGAGCACGACAAGCUCGUCGAGGAGAUCUUCCAGCACGAGGACAAGGACAAGAACGGGUUCAUCUCGCACGACGAGUUCUCCGGGCCGAAGCACGACGAGCUGUAAAAGUGGUCUCGACUUCCUCACCUCUUAAUACUUGUUUUCCCCCCUCCCAAAUUGUUUUCACUUUGUUGCGAAAACUUGUUACAAAUCUUGACUUCGUCAUACAAGUCGACUAAUCUUAGCUGUUAACGUUAGUUUCUACACCAGAGGAUUUAUUUUUCAUCGAUUUUUUCUUAACAUUUUUUUCCUGUUUCCAAAACUCUAUCGUUGACAUCGUUGAGAAAAACUUUAUGUUUUAUUAAAGUAAAGAAGCGUAGAUUAUUUAUUUUUAUCGUAAAAUAUUGUUUUGCAAAAUCGUUCAACUAGCGAAAAGUUAAAUUUUUGUUUUGUAGAAUAAACGAGUAACAUCACAAACACACAAAAAGCACUAGAAAAAGCGCAGGUGGUAGCCAAAAUUCCGUUUCCAUUUUUUGUGUAAAUACGUUGGAGAAAAGUAAACAGCUAGAAACAAAGGAAAGAAAGUAAGUUCAUUUUGGAUUCAUUCGGAAGAAGAAAAAAAUCAAGAAAUGCUAGGAAAUGAAACUAAAUUUUGUGUUGUUAGGUAAAACGCGCAAGGUAGUUACGUAAAUGUUCUAAAACAAUGAAGAAGAGAGAAAGAGCGUGUGCUUAACGAAACGUACUUUUAUCAAUCAUCGAUAGAAUGAAAAACCAACACAAGAACAACAUAUCACAGUUUAAUGAACGAAAAUAAAGACUUUUUGUAUAGAAAUUAAAAA